UCUCAUUUGAGUGUAAUAUUUCUGAUAAAUCAUACUGUGCAUUGCUAUUUGUAGUUACUACAAGAAAAAUUCAACAACAACCAAACGUGGCUUACAUCUGUAUUUUCAUGUAAUAUAGUAUCACCAUUAAUCUUCCCCACUAACUUUUGCUUCACUUUUAAAUUUUUUCUGUUUUUAUGAAUUUUUUUAUAGCUUCUCUCCAUCUCUUGUAAGAAAAAAAAAAAAAUCAGUUGCAUUGUCUGAAAAAACAGUUGCAAAUUUUUGUUGGUUUAUUAGAUUUAAAGAAGAUUUUAUUUUUCAAUAAUAUUAUUUUGUUCUUUAGUCUGUUGUUUUAUCUCUUGUUUGAUUCUGGUUCAUCUUGAAGAUAAAGCUCUGAAGUUGCUGUUCUUGGAUUAGAUCCAUUUCUUCUGAUGAUGGAAACAAAAGUUUUCUGCCAUUAGUCAUGCUUUAUUAGGUUCAAAAUGGAAGAUACAUUUGCUGAUGCUCAGAACGGUGGCUAUUCUCACGAAAACUCACCAUCUCACGGCUUUAACGAUGACGAGGGGUUGCAAGGUCACGAUGAAUCACAUUGUUCGGAAUCAAAAUCUAAAAAGUUGUUGAGGAAGGUAAAUUCACAAAACACUCUUGUUUUAAAAGUUAAGCAAUUGCAACGAAGUAAAACUUACAUCAAGGAAUCAGUUCUUCGAAGCAUCCGUGUUUUGGAUAAAUGGAUUCCGAAGCAUGUGGUAACUGUAGAUGAGAAAUAUCUUCGUCGUUGCCUAGAGCUUAUUCAUACUAGUGCGUCGAAAGAAUCCACUCGUAACGUCUCCAUGAACUUGGGAUGGGGAGAAAUGCAAGUUUUGUCUAAUGGCUCGAGUCCGGCUAAAAUAACGGGUGGAAGUACGUGUGAUUUUGCUAGGUUUCAUUUUGAUUGCCCAUUGGCAUCUGAAGAUGGGAGUGUGAUCAUUAGGCCUGCAGGACACUGGAUUGUAGGCUCCAUCAUGGGUAGCAAUAGUAUGGUAAAUAUACUCAACAGCCCUUUGUUUCGCAAAUAUGGUGCAUAUGAUGGUGAUGGCGAUGGUGAUGCCAAUUUUGAUAAAACGAGCUUCAACGAUGUCGAUGGAUGUUAUGAUUUUGUGAACUCUCCAAGUGUAUUAACUAAUUAUUCGGCUAACAAGCUAUAUAAUGAAGAAUCAAUUUCAGGAAAACAGAAUUGUAAAUCCGAGAAUAUGCACGAUAGGCCGUUUUCUGUGUCAAGUACAAACUCUACAUGUUCCGAUCAGUCUUCUUCCUCGCUCUCUGCUACGGUUACUCAAGGAAUGCUCCAAUGCACAUGGGAGGACGACGGCCCACAUUUUGUUUUCUCUCUAGAUGAUCAAAAGGUGGUUUAUGUGGCUAACUUGUGGAAUGUUGAACAGGCGGAUGAUGAUAAAACUGUUGAUUAUACGUAUCUAUUCCAUAUACGAAGGACUGGCCAAAAGGAACAUGAAGUACAUGAUAAUGAAUAUCGCCUUGUCGGUAAGAUGAAGGUAUCAACUUCUUUUACCCUCUGCGCGAAUAAUUCCAAAAUCAUGGAGAGAGAGUUUGUUUUGUUUGUUGGUAAUGAAAAUUUUAUACAAAUGCAAAAUUCAAGCUAUGACAUGAGGAAAAAUAAGGGACUGUCGAAAAAGGUAGCGGAAGUAUUCCGGACUAGUCAAUCCAUGAAGAAGAGAACUAUUUCCAGAAUGACUGAAUCAAGUGUCAUUCCAGAGAGUUGUUCUUGGGAGCCACUUCAAGAUGCAAAUCUCCUAGAAAAUCAGCUUCCUCCCAAUCUCGAAAUGGCUGCAAUUGUUGUGAAGGACCAUAUUCGUGAGAAUCGUCCGGAGAAGGGCGGAGGUUGGGGUUUAAAUUUUCUCAAGAAAUCAAGUGAAAAGCAGACAACUGAUUUGACAGAAUCCUCGCAAUCUUGCGAACGAAAUACUGGUGACUGCUCUACAAGCAUGGAUAUACUACUUCCAGCCGGUCUUCAUGGCGGUCCGAGGACCAGAACUGGUGGUCCUUCUAGUCUCAUCGAAAGAUGGAGAUCAGGCGGAUCCUGUGAUUGUGGUGGCUGGGACCUAGGGUGCCCAUUAACCGUGCUUAAGAGCAGACUGAGUAACAAAGAAGACGGAGAGUGCAAGUUAAUUGAUUUAAUCGCAAAGGGUUCAGAAAACAGCGCGCCCCCAUUGAGGAUGGUCAAUGUGUAUGAUGGAUUGUAUUUUGUUCAUUUCCAGUCAAAGUUGUCAGCGUUGCAAUCUUUUUCAAUUGCAGUCGCUUUUAUUCACACCCAGAGUCCGAUUCUCCAACCAGAAAACGUACAGGAUAUGAAGUAGCAAGAUUCCGCGUUGAAGUUGAUAACUUGAUAUAGCUGUUGUAACACUUGGUGUAAGUUAAUUGUUAAGUAGUUAUACAUGAAUUUAGAUGUCAAUUUUGAUUAAUUUGUUUGUGUAGUGCUAGAUUAUAGAUCUCUUGAUUCUUGAUAGUGAUUGGAGAUUAUUUUCCUCUGAUUUUUAGAUGAGAAGACUCAUGUAAUGUAACCUACCCUGUUUUGAUUGAGGUUGUAAAAAAAAUGUAACAAUUUUUUUAAUGCAAAUGGAAAUGCUUAUGCCCUUUAGUA